AUGGAACCCAAAUAUGAAGCUAACGUAGACAAAACUCUCACUCCUAGAAAAAUAUUUAUAAGACAGAUCCUGGUGUCCAGCAGUAUUUGGUCUAGUUUCUUUAUGUUUGGGUUGUGUAUGGGCACUCCGACAAUCUAUAUAUCACAAACAAGAGAGGAAGCCAAUUCUACUGAUGUGAUUUCUAAUGAAAUGUCCUCGUGGAUAAGUUCUGCGUACAAUUACAGCGCGAUACCCAACCUCUUCAUUGUUGCAUUCCUGUCACGGAAAUUUGGCCGAAAGAAGACUUUCCUAGUCGCCUCUUUGACAUCUGCAGUUGGAUUCGUAACCUUAUACUUAAGUUCAGACUUCACACAGGUUAUAAUAAGCGAGGUAUUACAAGGAACUCUAAUUGCCUCAGAUGGAAUGAUUUGUGUUAUGGUUCUUACAGAAUAUACAUCACCGAAAUACCGAGGAUUCUUCCUUACAUUUAAGUCAGCAACGUUUGGUUGGGGAAUGCUUGUUGCGAAUACGAUGGGAACGUUCUUGCAUUGGAAGUCAAUACCGUUACUAGGAUUUAUCUUGUCAGUAUAUGCAUUUAUCUCGUGUCUUUUCUGGCCAGAGUCGCCAUAUUGGUUGGCUAGCAGGCAAAAUUACGACGCCUGCGCUAAAUCCCAUUGUUGGCUCAAGGGAACUGACGAAGAGUCUAUGAAAGAAAUAAACUCAUUGAUAAUGCAACACAAAGAUUUAAGUCGGGCGAAAAUAGAAUCUUCGCAGAAUAUACUAAAGAAGAUUCAAAUUGCGAUAACCGCAAAAGCCUUCUACAAACCUUUUGGAUAUACAAUGCUUAUGUUACUCUUGUACUAUUUUUCUGGUAAAAUGUCGUGCAAUGUAUACGCCUUGCAGUUAAUUAAAAAUGUAACUAACAGUGAAUCGGCUGCAUAUACAGGAAUGCUAGUAAUAGAUGCAUUAACAGUUUUCAGUAUGUAUUUCACCAGUGCAAUUGUUAAGUUCUAUAAGCGAAAAAUGCUCUUUAUCACGACUUCUUUGGUUGGUAUUUUAUUCUUACUGUGUAUCUCUAUUUAUUUGUAUCUAUCAAAAUUAGAAUUUUAUGAGACAAAUAGUUAUAUCUUUUUGGUUUUGUUAACACUAUACAUGAUUGUUAUAAGUUGUGGACCGAUAACUAUAACGCCGUCAAUUAUCGCAGAACUGUGUCCUCUUAGAUAUCGAGGAUUAUACAUGUUAUUAAUGGAGUUAGUUGAUAAUAUAAUAAUGGGUACUGUUGUUAAAAUAUUGCCUUUUCUAUUAAGUACAAUAGGUGCCCACGGUGCAUUCUUUUUCUACGGUAGUUCGUCACUUAUUUUAACAUUACUGAUAUACUACUUUAUUCCUGAAACCAAAGAUAAAACUAUUAUUGAAAUGGAUGUUCUUAUGGGUACUUAG